UUUCGCUAUACCUCGUCCUGGGAAAAUUGUGCGUCCCCUAGUAUUCGGACAUUUACGGUAGGCUUAGCGGCUAGACCUCCGGCUCAGGCCCCGCCCCCGGCCCGUGUGCACGCUUGCGCGGGGAUCAGAGCUGGGCCGAGACUGCGCGCGGCCGGCGCCGAAACGGGUGGCACGUUGAGCGGUCGGAUGGCACCGGGAGGAGCGCAGCAGACCGCGGCUCUAGGCCUGGCGCUGCGGCUGCUGCUUGGCUUUGGACUGGGCCUGGAGGCCGCCCCAACCUGGUCCCCGGCCCAGACCAUAGGCCCCAGCCCAGGCUCAUGCCUGCCCACAAGCUUCCAGUGCCGCAUCAGAGGCUACUGUGUGCCCCUCAUCUGGCAUUGCGAUGGUGACCAGGACUGCCCUGAUGGCAGUGACGAGGAGGAGUGCAAGAUGGAGCCAUGCACCCAGGAUGGAGAAUGCCCACCGCCCACAAGCAGCCUCUGCUCUUGUGACAGCAUCAAUGACUGCCCUGAUGGCAUCGACAAGAUCCUUCCCAACUGCAGCAGCCAGCCCUGCCCAGCAGGGGAGCUCCGCUGCUUGCUGGGCAGUACCUGCAUCCCACACACCUGGCUCUGUGAUGGCCACCCGGACUGUCCUGACUCCAGCGAUGAGCUUGGCUGUGGAACUGAGACCCUCCAGGAAGGCAAGUCUGUGGGGACCCCUGUGACCCUGGAGAGUAUCACCCAUCUGGAGAAUGCCACAGCCACCAUUGUCAGGAACCAGGACUCAGUCCAGUCCGGGAAUCGAAGUGCCUACGGGGUCAUUUCAGCUGCCGUGGUGCUAAGUGCAGGUCUGCUUGCCGCCACUCUGCUUGUGUUGUCCCGGCUCUGUGCUCAGGGUCUCCUGUACCCCCUGGGGCUGCUGGUGGCUGUGAAGGAGUCCCUACUGCUGUCAGAGAGGAAGACAUCACUGCUCUGAGGAUGAGCUCUUGCCAUCAGGCUGCCAGGGCCCUGAGUGUGGCAGCUAUGAGGACACACGUGGCUGCUGGCACACCAGCCCUCAGAUAUGGGUUCUUCUGGCCACAGCACUGCAAACAUGAGCUCUUGCAGACUUGACCCUGGAGAAUGGAGUGCCUGACACUACCCCUGAUUGUGGGGAGCCUGGAUUGGGAACAUGCCCCAUCUGGAACCAAGUGGUUGGCCCCUGGCUG